UUCAUUCAGUGUUCAUUGUGAGUUCAGGGAGUUGAAUUUCCCUCUAUACAAAAGUUGUUGAUUUUAUUUAAAUCACGACAUUGUACAACUGAUGAAAGGAUUUGAAAAUUCAUUUUCCUUUCUUAUUUAUUAGGGAAAGAGAUUAAUUUAAAUCUGUACCAAUGGAUGAAUAUUUUGAUGAAAUAUUUUGACUCGAGUUCAUGCCGUAAGUUUACUAUUUCAUGUGGGAGAAAAUAUAUCUUAUUUAGUGGAGCAGACUGGUCUGUUUUCCUGUAAAUAAUGAAUAAUAUGUGUGGUCUUUAUUUCUUGUGGAUUAUUUGUACAAUUUCAUCAUAUUUUGGAUUAUCCAAUACAGAGUCAACAUGUGAAUUAAAUAUUGAUAACUGUAACUACAAAUUAACUCUGUUGCCUAGCAACGAAAAUUGUCAAAGUAAAUCAAGGUUACAGUCAAGGUCAAAAAGGUCAGAGGAAAAUGGAUAUGAAAUCAGUGAUAUGGUAGAUAAAAUGUCUACACUGGAGUCUGAAUUUGAAAAAUUGGAAAACAAACUUGUGAAGGAGAUGAAAGAUCUAUCUAAACGGGUUCUACGUGGUGCAAGAAGAAUAGAAUCAUUGGUAGAGAGUGUCACAUCGAAAGGCCAUGAAAAGAAGAAAAACCGUUGUCCAGAAGGAUUUGUGAGCUAUGAUGAUUGGACAGAUUGCUACAUGUUCUCAACUUUCAAUACCACAUGGUAUGAUGCUAGGGAAUACUGCACAGCCAUGGGCAGUGGUUUGGUGGCACUAGGAUCUCUCAAAGAACAUUUCCUCGUUUCAUUUCAAAUUCAAAAUAAUCCAGAGAUUCGUAAUGCCAAGGGCUGGUGGACAAGUGGAACAUACAUGACCAAAAUAAAGAAAUGGAUGUGGAUGAACACUGACAGUCCGGCACCUAUCAAUUACUCGAAAUGGGCAGUACACGAACCGAACGAUCAACUGGACACCAAUCUGCAGUGCAUUAUGAUGUAUAAACUGGAUGGCCUACUCUGGCAUGAUCAAAUAUGUACAGAUAAAUAUAACUUUAUAUGUGAGAAACCUGUUGCAUAAUAACACACUGACAAUGAGAAGUCCUUUGCAUUAUAUCAUGAAAGAAUCAUUGCAUAAUGUAACUUUAUAUGGGGGAAACCUGUUGAGAAACAUGUUGCAUAACAAAACAUUGUGAGUGAAAAAUUCUUUGCAUGUUCCUCCAGAAAAUUAUUGCACAAUCCAUCUUUUUUGUAUGUGAGAAAUGUAUUGCACACAAAACAAAUCGUGUAUAAAGUCUUUUUGAAACCAACACUUCAUAGAUGAAAUUACUGCCAAUUAUAACUCUAUAUGUUAAAUAGGUAUAACAUGAUGCAACUGUGACUGAAAAGUUUUCCAUCUCAUAAAAUUGGGUUAUUAUAAUACUAUCUUGAUCUGGGAUGCUGUAUUCGGCUUGACUGGAUUUUGCCAGGACAGAUCAUGAGAGAUGCACAAGCGCUAAGUGUGAUCUGACCUGGCAAAAUCUGCGAGAGAUGAAUACAAAGUCCCAGAUCUAGCUAAGCUGUUAUAAUGACCCAUUUAUUGUAUACCUCUACCUUUUUGUUUGUUAUUUUGUUAUCAAACAAAAUCUUCAAUGUUUAUCAAUGUUAUUUUAACUGAGUGUACAAGUCGACCACGUUUUUUGAGCCGUGACUAAUUUAUGCAGGACAGUUGAUUCGCCAAAAAAGGGUAGGAGCAUAUAAUUAUGUAAUACAAUUAGUAAUGUGGUAUAAGUUAUCGAUGAAUGUAAACAAAUGCAUGGCCCAAAGGAUAUGGCGUUGGCUUAACAAACUUACUUUUCGAGGUUCGAGCCUUGGUAAGUUCACAUUCUAAAUUUUUGUCGAGCCCGCUGACGGUGAGCUCAACUUAGUCAUCACUUUUGGCGGGUCGGUAUAUGUGCAUGCGUCUGUGCAUGUGUCUGUCUGAUUUUGUCUGGACCAUAAUUUUGACAUGCAUGGACCAAUCUUGUUUAUAUUUGGCAUGAAUGCUUACCUCAAUGAGAAGGAGUGUCAAGUGCAAACCCCAUGUUUCUAUCUUUAAGGUCAAGGUCAAAGUUGGAGGUCAAAGAUCAAACUAAGUUUGUCCGGAGCAUUUCUUCUUCAUGCAGGUGGGAUUUUGAUGUAACUUGACAAGAAUGUUCACCAUUAUGAUACGGAGUGUCAUGCACAAAAAACAGGUCCCUAGGUCUAAGGUCAAGGUCAUGCUUGACAGCUGGCAGGCUCGACAUUCUGCCCGUGGGCAUACUUGUUUUUAACCAUUUGUUUCAAUAAACACUGCAUGAGAAAGUUGUGCAGUUCACUGACUAAAACAGCUGAAGGGUCGUCAGCAGACACAGCAAGUGAAGUUGAAAUUAUGCGACAUGAAUUAAAUUGAAAUAAAAGUAGCAAAAUAUAUUUAAAGUAUGGAAAGAAUGAAAAAAAAUAAGUCAAACAUUAUUAUCAAAAUAUACAAAAUGGUUUUUAAAAAGAGUCUUCAAAGAUUCUUGACUAAGAUAAAAUAAAAAUAAUCUGUAUACUAGAGAAAAAAUACGGCUGUAAUCUGGGCCUGAACUCGCACCUCACGGUUUGUAAUCAUUACGCUCUACCAAUUGCGCCAGUGAUAUAAUCAAGUUCAUGGUAAAUAAAACAUACAUACCAACUUACUCUAUAGAGAUUUUUCAGCCAGGUAUGGACCGAAUAUUGAUAUAACCCAAUUGAAAAAGUGUAUCAUUCCGUCACGGCUCAAAACAUGCGGUUGAACUUUAGUUUUUGUGUGUGCAAUUUAUAGAACUGUGUCAUGCAUAUUAAAUGAAAGUAGUCCAGCAACAUACGAUGCAAAAGGUACAAUACCGAUUUUUUUCAGACUGUUCGUAUUUACUUGUGAAAUACAAGCCGUAUUUUUGACAGAAUUCAUACAAGUAUACAAUAAAAAGAAAUUCAUGAUCUGUAUAUAAAAUCUGUGUUGCAUAAUAUAAUGCUACAAUUUACAGGUUGUACACAAACACUCCAACCGUGGACAUACAAAAUUUAAAGUCUACGCCUAUUUGAAUUCAUUGACAACUUUUCGCCUUUGGCAAGAAGUAAGCUGCUUCACAAGAAUACAAUUUCAUGGAUUUCAAAUUUUAGAAGACCAUAGCUGUGUACUGGGUGUUAAUUCUAGCCUAAGGUAUGAAACAAGAUUAGCAAGCUGUCACAAAAUGCGAGCAUCAAAGCAAAUUACUUGACUUUUAAAACACUCUACUUAUUUACCAGACAACUUUUCACUUACUGAAGGGCCAUAACUCAAGAGUGACAAGAGUAUCUGCCUGGUUAUCCAAUCUGGAGAAGAUAAUAUGCCUAUAAACAUUCUGACUAAGUUUGGUAAACAUUGGAUAAGAAUUGCUUGAUUUAUUUAGUGGACACUGUCAAUUUUCAUAGUUUAAAGUAAUUAAAGGUUCAUCACUCACUGUGAGUAUCGGACUAUUUAUCGAAUUUGUCUGAGAUAUUAUGCCCAUAAACAUCUUGACCAAAUUUGGUGAACAUUAGAUAAGAACUUCUUAAGUUAGAGAGCAGAGGCUCAAGGGUCAUAACUCUAGACAUUCAGACAAUCCUGUGGUUGUCAAACUUGGCUGAGAUAUUAUGCCUACUGAUAUCGAGACCAAGUUUAGUGAACAUUGGAUAAGAACCUCUAAAGUUAGAGAGUGGACAUUGUCAACUUUAGCAAUUUUGAGUAAUUCAAGGGCCAUAACUCCAGAGCCACUGGGACAAUCCAGCUGAUAUUCGAGUUGGCCAAUACAUUAUGACCAUAAACAUUGUGACCAAGUCUGGUGAACACUGGAUAAGAACAGCUUCUGUUAGAGAGCAGAAAACUUUAGUGAAAGCUGGUGCAUACCGCAGCAGAAUUCCCAUAAUACGUUCUGUUUCACAGGCCUAUAAAAACCCAUUAAAUAUAUGAAUAUUAAUCCCUCUCAUUUAAUAAGAAUUUCAUAGUACAGUGAAACUCCCUCACUCUAGCAUCCAUGUCUUAAAAUAACAAGAGCACCCCCUUGCGAGUGCAGAUGCUCAUCUGAUUUUUUUGUCUCUGUAUAAUAGAAUAUUGUCCUACCAAUGAUUUUCAAGUCCAAAAGGGGCCAUAAUUCUUGCAAAAAGCAAUGCAGAGUUACGGUACUUGCUGUGCAGAAUCAGCUUUUAAUGCGCAUAACUGUUCCAAGUUUUAAAGCAAUAGCUUUGACUGUAAAGGAAAAAAGUUGACCUAAACAUAAAACUUAACUAGGAAAUCUGAUAUUUUCUAAGUCCAAAAGGGGCCAUAAUUCUUGCAAAAAGCAGGAUGGAGUUAUGUUUCUUGCUGUACAGAGUUAGCUUUUGAUGGUGAACAAGUGUUGCAAGUUUCAAAGCAAUAGCUCCAACAGUUUAGAAGAAAAGCUGACCUAAACAUAAAACUUAACAAGGCAACGCCAAUGCCAACUCCGACGCCAAUCAAGUGAUGACAAUAACUCAUCACUUUUUUUCAAAAAAUCAGAUGAGCUAAAACUAAUUGUAACAAAGUAAAUGUAUGCUCACAGAAUAAUCUGGAGGUGUUUUUCCAAAGCUUUUAGCAGUACCAUCAGUUGUCUUCCACUCAACAGUUACCUCCCCUUGAUAGCCCUGUGCUCUCACCACUAGGAGGCGAACUAUCCCAGCCUCCUCGGCUACUCUUACCUAUAUACAAAAGGGAGAUAAAAUUUUAAAAAUUAAUUCACUGAUUUUAUUUAAUAAACUAAUGUCUGUC